UUGGCAAUACUGACCACGUGGACAACAAAUGGGGGCGUUUCCUUCCCGGCCUGUAGCCGACCUCCGGGCACACCUCCACCUUCGGCUUUUCAGCCUCGCCCACGAUGAACCCUGCAACUAUGAGAGUCAGCUUUUUGACAUCAGUUACAAAAUGCAAGCCCCGGCUGUCCGAGUCCCCAGUCUUUGGAAACCUCUGACCCUCUUUCUCCUGCGGCAAGUCUCUUUUGUGCCUAAGGUGCUGUUUUUAAACCCUAACCUUCUGACCAGGAAUGAUACCACUUUCAAAAUAAGAUGCCAACAGGUAAUUUCUUAUCAUGAAGAGCCCUGUGGCCCUAGUCAUAGGUCAUUUUGCCUGAAUGGGGGGAUUUGUUAUGUGAUACCCACUGUUCCCAGCCCAUUUUGUAGAUGUAUUGAGAAUUACACGGGAGCCCGGUGCGAAGAGGUUUUCCUUCCUAGUACCAAGGCCCAAAGCGAGAGUGAGCUGUUCGCAGCUUUCUUGACUGUAGCGCUGCUCCUAGGCAUACUGACCCUCGGGGCCGUCUACUUCCUUUGCAGGAAAGGCCACCUCCAGAGGGCUAGCUCAGCCCAGUAUGACGUUGGCCUGGUAGAGACCAGCAGCAUUAAUAUCUGCAACAAACAUGGAGAGAACUGAAGACACGCCAGCCAAGUGAACCAAGGAGCACGUUGCAUCAAUGUCACCUGAUGGGAAUACCAUACACAAGUGGCCGGGCUUCUCUAUCUUUCUUGAUCUAACCAGGCAUCAGCAGUUAGGGGAGAGGAAGAAGGCUGUUUUUAAAUUCUUAAAUCACCCGUUAACUCUUUAAAAUCACAUUGAGAUGCAGCUGAUGGAAAUUUUUAUUUCGGUACCUUCCAUGAGCGCAUCUCCAGCCCUCGAUGGAGCGGGUCGUCAUGAGUUUCUGCGGCCAUCAUCAUCCUCUUGCAACCAAGCUGGGGAAGAAAAGCUUGGGUACACAGUGGGUACACAGCCAUCCUGAGACCUGGACUCAGGGCAUUUCAGAACCCAGGGUCCCCGUACUCCUCAUUGAGUCAUCAGUAUAGGACAGGAGAAUGAUACAGAAAGGAAAGGAGAGGUGUCUUUUUUAUAGCAGUCUGCUAUGAAGGUCAUUCUUUUGUUGUUGUUAGAAAAUGUCUUCAGAAAUCAAGAAACAGAAAAUUUAUGACUAUCUUGCCAUCUGAAUUCCAUAAAGUUGAAAUGUUUGCCCUUUCCAAGGAGGUCAUUCUUUUUGACUAAAGGUUUGGGACCCUCUGUGACUCCAUGACUUGAGUUGUUCUGCCAAAAGCUGACAAAGUUUUGCCCCACCUUCUUAAUAAUCUCAUCCUUCCAAAAGUGGAGGAAGCAGCAAAGGGAACUGCAGUACUGGACAUGAUUCUGACCAACAAGAAGGAACCAGCUGCUGGGUUAGAGAGGAUGGGAACCUUUUUAGGGAAAUUAGAGGAGGAGAGUAAAAGCUUACCUCACAUGGACCUUCGAUUUAAGGAGAGUAGAUUUCAAGGGGUUCAGUCAAAGGAUUCCACAGACUAAAAUUCUAUGGGGAAAGUCAGCCCGGGAAUGAUGGAAUGCAGACACAAAUGAACUUCCAAAGACACAAAGAGAAACAAUUCCAAUGGGGAGGAAAAAAACCUAAAGGCAUGCACAGGAGGCAAAUGACCAAUUUAUGUUUUCUAAAAUGACAUGUACAGAGAAGCAUGGGGAGAUUUAUAUGAACUGAUGCAAAGUCAAUAGAACCAGGAAAAAUAUAUACAUGUAUGUGUAUGUAUGCAUGCACGUACGCAAUAUAUAGUGCCUACAACCAUGUGAAUGGAAAGAACAAAACAAUCAAAACUAAGUGCUGAUGGUCCUAUAGAAGAGAUAUGAGAAGGCUCCUUGCCCUACAUCUCUGCAAAAGUGGGGGACUAUAGAUACAGAAUCUUGUAUAGAAUGCCAGACUUUUUCAACAUGUAGUUUAGUUUUGCUAAACUGCUUUUCCCCCUCUUUUUUAUUCUUUAUUAUAAAUGAUUAUAAUGGGGGAGGGGCUGAAAAGGGAUACAGUGGAUAAAGGUAAAUGAUGUAAAAACAAAAGAUAUUGAUAAAAUUUUAUUUUUUAAAAAAAGAUAUACAGAAAAGAUCCUGCACAGGGAUGAUUUUCUGUUGCCUCGUCAUGACAUGGAUGUGACUGUGGGUUCCCAAAGGCUGAGCCAGUGAAGCACAAGAUGCAGGAGGCUCUGUUAUACUUGAAAGAUUUGGAGUAUAGACAUGUCAAGAGACUCUCUGCAUUCCAAGGACCAGCCGAGCUAGGUACAUAAAGGUUAAUCAGCAGUACAUAAGCUACUAGUAAAUUUCUUGUUCUUAGCAACUCAUGAAAUAAAAUGGUGCUCAGA